AUGCGCGUGGCGCCCUCUAGGCGAAUAACUUGGUUGGCCCUUGUUUUCCUACAGUCCCCCUUGCAUCUUCCAGGUUGUCCCUGGGAGUGUAGGGUUACCUAUCCUCGCAAUGUCAGGGGAUUGCCUCCUCGGUUGCAGAGCCCUGGAUGUGUAGGGGUUGUCCCCCUAUCAUUCUUGGCGGUCUUAUCCUAUCCUCGCAACGUCAGGGGAUUGCCUCCUCGGUUGCAGAGCCCUGGAUGUGUAGGGGUUGUCCCCCUAUCAUUCUUGGCGGUCUUACCUUAUCCUAUCCUCGCAACGUCAGGGGAUUGCCUCCUCGGUUGCAGAGCCCUGGAUGUGUAG